UCCAGCCUGUACGCCCGUCUCUAAUAGUAGUUGGCUUCCGCCUGCAGCACCCCCGAGUUCAUGCUGGGUUACCCUAGCAUUUGAGCUUCACUGCUGGAAGGGAGAGGAUGCUAACUGCACUCGUUGCAUAUGUUUGGGCUGUGUUGCAGCCUGCAAGUGGAUAUCUCCUUAAUCCGGUGACUUCUAACAUCAUAUACAGUCCGAGAACAUUCUUCGAGACCAAGAAGCUCUACAACGAAGCAGUCACAAUGCAAUGUAGAGUCUAUGAGUAUGCUGCUGAUAAUUCAAGUUUCUCUUUGGCCUUUGGGCCGACCUCGCUGGACAUCAAAGUCCGAAUGAAAACACAGAGCAUCUUCCGUGGACCACUUAGAUGGCAGUAAGAUGAUGACGAGCCAGUCUCUCCGAUGAUCUGUCUUCUCUGUUGCCUGCGUGCAACGAAAGGAGAUCCUUACAGCCCAUAGACCCAGUUUUUAAAGACUCUGCUAAGCCACCAGGAAGGACCCAUUAG